AUGCAGACACAGCCGAUGGGAAGAAUGAAUAGAUUUACAGCUCUAGCAGAAACUUCAUUCAAAUCACCAACAGAAAUGAGAUACUCUAUUGGGGCAACCUCAAAAAGCCCAAAUGAUGAUGGAAGUAGAAAGAGAAGACUAUCUCACUCACCUGUCUCAGUCAAUACGACAUAUGAGAUCAGUGAGCAUAAUACAGACAAACUUUGGGAGAAUUUUUAAUCUAACAUCAAAAGAGGAGGAGGCAGUAAUUCUUAAUAGCGUUUAAGAUCCAAUGACAAUAGACCUGUUAUAAAUGCUUCCUCUAAUUCUGUAAUCUAAAACUAUAAAUCUAUAAACAAUAUUGAAAAGUAGGAAUAUGGGCAAAGUUAUCUUCAAAAAUCUCAAAUUUCUUAAAUGCAAGAAUUCAAGUCGACUAAAGACUAAACAAAUGACCUCAAUUUCAAUAAAUACAGAUAAACUACAGUGAAUGUCAUCAAUAACAAUCCAUCUUUCGGGGAUUAAGAUUUUCUAAAGAAUUCAAUGGCUUUUCAAGAAAUUUAAUAUAGAACAUAGUUGAAUUAUAAUAGCAAUAAUACUUUUGAAAAAUCAGAAGAUAAAAAUAGACUUUUACUUGGCUCAAAACUUAAAGAACUAUUCAAAAUAUCAAAGGAUGAUUCAACUGAUCUUAUGCCUAACUAUAAUCAUUUGCAAAAAGCAGUCUAUGACGAGAAAAAUGACUUAGCAUUUAAUUAAUACAAAACAAUAGACUAAAGAUAGUCAAUCACAGAUAACCUGGGAAAUCUAGACUACUAAUCUUUGAGGUAUUAAAAUUUAAACAAUCAAAAUUUAUUACUUUCACCUGGAUCCUUAAAUACGCCUCAUACUUAUCAUAGUAACUCUAAUAUUGCCUCUAAAUAAGCAAAUUCACCUGUAGCUACUUAGAAUAUUCUAUAAAAUAAUUAAAGAGAAGUAAUUUAAUCUAAUGGAAAAUCUAACUCAAAUUAUAAAAAUAGUAAUUUUAAGAGCAGAGUUUAAUAAAGAAUAAGCGAAAUUAAGAAUGAGUUAGAAGAGCCUCGCUCAAAUUCCAAAAGUAGAGCUUUGGACUAAGAGUCUUUAAUUAGAACUGGUGACUACAAAAAUCUAGAUGAAUAUCUAAGCUAACAGAAUAAUACAUAGUUCUAAACUGGGUAGCAAGUUAUUAGAAAUAAUACUUAAGGAUUUAUAAACUAAAACUUAAUAAGUAGUCUUGGACCACAAUCUGAACAAUUCAAUAAAACCACUUCCAGAUUCAAUAAUUACGGAGGGACUUAAAGUUCAGUAGCAGAAUCGAAUGCUCAAAACAUUUAUAGUCCCAACAAAAUAAUCAAUAAGCCAGAAUCAUUUGAUAUUUUCAAUGAUCUGAAUUCAAAUACACAAACUAAUGCUAGCACUAACACAAGGUAAACUCUUUAAAAUUAACCUACACGAUACAAGCAUCUUGAGAGCAUAAAGUAAUUUGAGAAUUAGCUAAAACUCAAUCUAAAUUAGAGCUCAAGUCAUUAAAUGAAUCAAAAUCAACAUCAGUAUUAGCAUCUCAGAAUGAGAUCUUAAGAGAAAAGUAGGUCAGGUGAAAGACUCUCGGUGCAUUUUCAAGAAUCAGAUGACAAAUUUUAAUACUUUACGAGGUAGGAUUUUGAUCAAGUACUUGAAGAAGGCUAGGAGUCUUCUAAUAAAUAUAGGAGUCACAGUGCCAACAAGUAUGCAGGUUUAAAGAAAAACUUUAAUAAAAACAGUUCCUCAAAAUCAUCAAUAUUCUAGACAUCUACCUUGAAAUAAGGUAACAGAUAGAAAAUUACUGAUGAGCCAUACUUUCACAAAAAUUGGACGUAGCAGAAAGGUUAAUUAGAUCAAAUGAAUCUACAAAGUGCCAGUAAAAAUACUGAGAGUAAACUUAAUACUGAUGCUAAGUAUGGACUCUAGGAUUCAAUUUACGUCCAAUCAAUAAAUGAUUCCAUCCUUCAAAGCAAAAAGAACCUGGGAAGUUCUAAUUAAACAAGUGACUGUAGAAGAAUGGUUUUCAAUAUGGUCAAUAAUGUAAGGCAAUAGCAAAGAAGCAGACAGUCCUCUAAGCUUGGAUAAAGCGUUGAAGGAGGAGCGAGCUAUUAAUCUUUAAAAGAAAAUCUCCAAAUUAGAGGAAGUUCAAAAUCAAAGACGAAAUCACCUUAUCUUGCGACAACUGGUAAUCUCGCAUAUACAGGAGUAGAUCUUGGGGGUACAAAUAACACAUAUGACUAGGUUUUAUAAGAGAGAUUCCUAUAAAACUAUAAGCCUGAAGAAACUUCAACUAAGAUUUUCUCAAACAAAUUUAAUAAUGUUAAGGAUAGGAUUUAGCAUAUUCAGAAAUAAUGCUGCUUAAAAAUAUAAUUAAUAGAAAAAAAUAAAACUCUAGCUGAUGAUAAGUUCUUUACAUCUGUCUUAGCUAAUCUCUUAUCAGUUGAAAAGCUUCUUAGGCAAAUAUAUUCUGCCUAGGAUUAAACUUUUAACUUCCUCAGAAUAUUCAACAGUUAUUUGCUAGUUUAUUUCUAUCAUAUUUUUGGAGAAAAUGGAAGAAUUAUUAAAUAUCUAGAAUAGGAUACCAAAUCAAACAUUAAUCUGAAAACUAUGCUGGAGAAUUUGUAAAAGAAACACAGACUAAAAAAGGAAGUUGGAAAUUAUGUUCUAAAUAUUAUGAAAAUUUAUAGUAAAAUAUUAGUUGUCGAAGGAAGAUUUAGCAAAGCAGUUUUAGUCCUCUCAGAUAUAUCAAGAUUAUAUGAGAGAUGGAGAUCAAAUCAAUACUCAAUUAAUCUUGAGGAUGAGUCUUAUCAUGUAAAAAAUGAAUUUGGCAUUGAUGACUUUAUCGAGGUUAGAUCUUGUGAAGCAGAGUGUUUAAUGCAGUUGGGUAAAAUAUUUGAUGCUGUUGAAAAAUUUGAAUGGGUAAAAAGUGAAAUAGAUAAAGAAAUUGUAUUUGAUAAGCCUCUAAUUUACAUAAAUAUUUGCAAUUAACUAGGCAAUUGCUAUCUUAAAACCAAUAAUUCGUCGAAAGCAUUAGAAAAUUUUGAAGCUAGCAUGCUAUUGAUUAGUAAACUUGAGGAUAAAUCUCAGGUAAAUGAGCUGAUAAUAUCAAAAAUUUGUUAAAACAUUGCAUUAAUAUCAGAUCAAAAGGGAUAUGUAAAUGAUUGUAUAAAGAUGAGCGAGAAAUCCUUGACUUUAAAGCUUAAUGUACUCCCUCAGUAUCAUAAUGAAGUGCUUAAUUCUCAGGUUUAAUGUGCAUUAUCCUAUGAACAUGCUGGAGAUUACGAAAGAGCAUGCUAAUAUUUUGAAAAAGCUUAUGAAACUUCCAAAAAUCUUAAUGGGGAGAAUGAUAUUGAAACCGCCUAGAUUUUAGUCUAACUCUCUUAAGCUUUUGAAGCUGAUGAUAAAUAUUCUGAGUGCAUUAAAAAAUUAGAGCAUGCAGCCUUGAUCAUGAAACGACUAGAGAAAAAUAAGAUUCCAACCAUGAUGAUUUCAGCUGAAUUAACUUAAAGUAUAAAUAAGAUUAUACUUAGGCUUUUGAACUUGUAUCUCAAAGUAAACCAGAUUACUUAGGCAUAGAGUGUUAUUCACGAGAUAGAUUAAAGAGCGAAAGAACAUGAUGAUUCGAUAUCAUUCAAACUCUUAAAUGAGCUUGGAAAUACUCUUAGAAAUCAUAAUAAUUCUCAGUUCGCAUUGGAAUUUUACAAAAAAGCACUGUAAUUUUAAUACCUCUUAAUAGUUAAUGCCAAUAGAUUGUGCUUAAAGAAUAAGUAUAAGAAUUCAUAUUUGGAGUAAUAUGAUUCAUCUAAGAUCUUGAUUAACAUAGCAUCAUGUGAAUAUAUCAGAGAAAAUUAUCACGAGUCCUUGAAGUAUUAUGAAUAUGCGCUUCAGGUACUACAGAACCACAAAAGCAUCAUAAAAGAUACUAAGGAUUCAGCUAAGGUUCUAAUGCAAAUAGGAAGAAUUCAUUAAGAACUUGGAAAUUAUCAAUUAGCUCAUUAGAAUUUCAACAAAGCAACAAGCAAGCGAUAAAAAGGAUGGAGAGGCUUCGCAGAUGAUAUUGGAAGCUCAAUUUUAGAUUAGAAAGAUGAUUGA